CAGUCCAACCACACCCUGAUCGUGUUAGCGUACUUUCCACCAGCAUACACGAAAUAACAGACACACAACUAUGGUGUGGUUACAAUGUGUCAAUAAGUCUGCCGACCCCAUAGUCUCGAUGGUAUGAGGGGGCGCCGUCGCUACUGGAAAUGAAAUAUUUAGAUAUCCGAACCGUGACUGAUAAAGAUCGAGAGGUUAUCAUACUUGACGUUCUCUCACGUUUCCCUCGAACUUCACCAUGGACCUAGCACACGGAGCUUUGGUCGCGAUUCUCCUUACGAUGAUCGGUGUAACGUCAAGUUUGCCAAGAAGAAAGCACGAAGACAAACUCCCUUUACCUCCAGGUCCAAAGCCCCUGCCUAUAAUUGGCAACUCGCAUCGCAUGAACACCGACUUUCCUUGGAUCACAUACAAAGAAUGGAGUGAUAUCUAUGGCGACAUUAUAUACUCUCGUAUGCUCAACCAGGACGUCAUCAUCUUGAACUCUGUAGACGUAGCACGAGCGAUACUUGAGAAGCGCUCAAGCAAUUAUUCUGACAGACCUCGUUUUGCUACAAUGGAACUGUUAGGUAUUGCAUUUAGGACGGUCAUGCGAAGCUACGGUGAUACUUGGCGCAGGCACAGACGAAUAUAUCAUCAAGCCUUUCGCCCUGAAGCCGCUGUGAUCUACAGACCUAUGCAGCUUCGCAAGGCGCAUCAGCUCUUGGUCGGGCUCCUCCAAGAACCCGCUAAUUAUGAACUGCAUCUGGAGACGCACUCAGCAUCCAUCAUCAUGUCCGCUGUUUAUGACUACGAAACGAAGCCCAAUGAUCCCCUUGUUUCCAUGAUUCGGGGGGCAAUGGAUAUAAUUCUUCAUGCUGAGACUCCAGAUAAGGCGGCUAUCAUUGAUUCCUAUCCUGCCCUGACCUUGAUCCCCGCCUGGUUCCCCGGGGCAUCAUUCAAACGUCAUGCUUUGGAACUGAAGAGCGUACUCAAGGAUAUGGUUGAGAAACCAUUUCAAUAUGCACUUGACAGAAUCUCCUCUGGGUUGUCUGGCCCUUCCAUGGUCUCAGAAGGACUCGCACGAUUUCAGGGCGACGCAUCGUUUGAAUUGGCAAUUAAAGAGUCCAGCGCAACUGCAUUCGGGGCUGGAUCCGAGACUACUCAUUCGGUCCUACUCGUCUUCAUACAAGCGAUGGUUCUUAAUCCGGAAGUCCAGAAACGUGCUCAAGCCGAAAUUGAUCGUGUCGUAGGAUCUGACAAACUCCCUGACUUUGGUGAUCGCGUUUCUAUGCCAUAUGUUGAAGCUGUCCUGCGCGAAACAAUGAGGUUCUAUCCGAUUGUACCUCUUGGUGUACCUCACUCUGCUGUGAAUGACGACAUGUAUGAGGGAUACUUUAUCCCGAAAGGAACCUCUAUCCUAACGAAUAUAUGGGCGAUGACACACGACGCAACAAGAUACCCCGCUCCAUUCGAAUUCAAGCCCGAACGAUUCUUCACAUCCUCUGGCGAUCUGAAUGACGACCAUGUCACUCCCGUUUGGGGAUGGGGCCGACGCAUAUGUGUGGGGCGUUACAUUGCAGACGCGAGUCUAUGGUCUGCGAUCGCUUCCAUGCUCGCUGUCUUCGAUUUCUUGAAAGCUACGGACGCAAGCGGGAAAGAUAUCGAUUUUGAACCUCGGUGGACCCCUGGAAUUACAUCGCGUCCUGUGAACUUCCCGUGUCGGAUCAUCCCUCGACGACGUGACAUGGACAUAGAGAAGCUAACAUCAUUGAUUAGCACUACUGUGUGAUUCUUCAAUUAUGAUGUGCACUUAUUUUCUGAUAUUCUCCGUGUAUGUCGCCACUUGUAACAGGCAUGCUACCAGCUUCUUUAGUUUCCCCGCACCACGAGCCCCCGAUACCUGCCUUGCAUCGUGAUGGGUAAAUCAUCCGAGGUCACAUUCAUCGUGUCUACACGUCAUAACCUUGCUCAGUGACGCUAGCGAGGAAUGCUGAUCAAUCAUUACUCAUUUCCUAUCAUUUGAGCUGAGCAGUUUUAAUUGAGAUCCUCGCUACUUCAACUUGCAGCUUCAUACCAGGACAAUAUUCAAACUUUACACCACUUCUUCAUGAUCAUUCGUCCAACAAUCAUACACUCGACUCCGGUCAAAGAUUAAUACAUGGCAGACGUUGCACCUUUCAGCAUUUGCACUCUCCCGCCUUGCAUCCGCACCUGCGCAUUGC